UUAAGAAGUUCCGGUUUGUGAGGCGAGCGACAGCUUCAGUGGUUUAAAAUCAGUUCUGAAACACAUCAAAGUGUCAAAACCCAGCAGAGAAGACGUUUUUAGCCACAGCGACCUGUCUGUGGACUUCAAAGCGCGGCUUUUACGACAUGAGGGCACUGACUUUAAAGCCGGUGGCGGCGGCUCCAGGGGAGCGUAACCAGGCCACGUGUGGGAGGAGUUUGUCUUCAAACUACACUCCUCCAAACCUGGAGAAUAAGAUUUUGCUCCAGUCCACUUUGCUGACGCCUCAGGCGAGCGCCCCACCUGCAUCCCUCACAGUUCCACACUCCUCCUGCCUUUCUGUCCGACCCUCUAAUCUGUCUUCCACCACUUCCACCCUUCUCUUAACCUCCUCCUCACCCUCUGCUCCUUCUCCUCUCCUCAGCACCCAGAACAGACUCCUAAGUAGUGAGUCCACAAACCUUUCCUUUUCCUCUUUUCCCUCGACCGUCCCUUCUUCUGGCCUUCUGUUGACCACGUCCACCUCUGGUGCUCUGCUUGGUCAAACUUCUCAUCUGCCUGCUUCAGCUCUGCUUCCUGAGGUGGGCGAAGAACCUCAGACGGAUGAUGGAGAAAAAAUGGUUGAGAAAGAAAUGACAAGUGAGAAUUCUGAGCUCGAUAGUGAUUGGUCUGAGGAAGAUGAGGACGCAAUCUCAACCUUGGAAUCACAUGAUUUGGAAAACGAGGAAUAUGACCAAACUGUGUCUCAGAGACGAGAGGAAUUUGCUGAGCUUGAUCGAGGAAAAGAAGCUGAAGAGGCACUAAAAGACCAAAAGAAUCUCCUUCUGAAUGUGGUGUGUUGCUCCCUGAUCAAUAAAGAAACCGCUCCAGGCCAGAAGGACUGGGACUCGGAGGACAGUGUAUGGACCAGUAUCAUGAAGCUGGCUAAGGACAUCACUGCCUGUGACUCACAGUUUCUUCUCAAGGUGGCAGUUUACACCCGACAGGAGUUAAAUGUGCGCAUCACAGCAAACUUCCUCCUGGCUCUUGCUGCUCAUCUGCCCGCGACUAAGUCGCAUGUCCGCAGAUACUUCUGUGCCGCUGUACAGCUGCCGUCAGACUGGUUGGAAGUCGCCCGCAUCUACAGCACAUGCUUCAGCCGCUCACUGCCAAUGUGUCUGAAAAAAGCAAUGGCCGACAAGUUCAAGCAGUUCUCGGAGUACCAGCUGGCCAAAUACAACACACGUAAACAUCGCUGCAAACACAACCGCAACAGGCGAAACAAAAAGAAACCGACUGAUGAGCGGCUGAGUCAGUGGGCCAACAUGCUGAGAUCGAACACAACCAUUCUGAAGAAGUUUCUGCAGGUAGAGGCCAGCCCGACAGUGGUGGAUAAAAAGCAGAGUGAGUUCAGUUUGAAGAAAAUGAUCCAGAGGCUCCACAUUAAAGAACCAGCUGAACACGUUAUGGCCAUUCUGGGCAGGAAGUAUCCCGCAGACGCGAAGUCCUUCAUCCGCAGCGGCCUGCAGGGUGUUUGGGACCACCAGCGAGCCGGCCAGCGAAUGAAGCUAAAAAAUCCCGAGACGUGGGAACGGCUGCUCAGCAACGAGGGCAACAAACCUGCCACCUGGGAGAAACUCAUAGAUAACGGGUCUCUUCCCUUCAUGGCCAUGCUGAGGAACCUGAGGAACAUGAUCACUCAGGGCAUCAGUGAGCAGCAUCACCAGAAGAUUCUCCACAGACUGAGCAAUAAGAACGCGGUUAUUCAGAGCCGACAGUUUCCCUUCAGGUUCCUCGCUGCCUACAAAGUCGUCAUGGAGCUGAGAAAAUUGGCCAAGCAGUCUCAACAGGAGGUCCCCCCUGUGAAGGAGAUCUUGAAGGGCAUCUUGAAGAACAUACCCAAGAGUAAUCGAUUCAAGCAUCUGGACUGGGACAGCGCCAAAACUCGGAGGAUGAGGGUGGCGCUGGGAGUGCCCUUUGUUUAUCGAAUAUAUAACAUGAAGAAGGCUCAGCUGCAGAAGGCCAAUCAGAGGAACUUCACUGUUGAGCUGUUGGAUCGUUACCGCAAAGCUCUGGACACGGCCAUCCAGAUCUCCUGUCGCUACAACAUUCCUCCUCUCCCUGGAAGGACUCUGAUCCUAGUCUCUGCCAGGAUGACACAUGACGCAGACUGGUCUAAGAAACAAGACUUCUGCCUCCCUCAAGACUCCGAGGAGGAGAGCGAAGAGACAGAAGAUCAAGAGGGUGAUGGGGGGAGGAAGAAGAAGGAAAAGGACUCUCUGACUCCUUCUCUGACAGAGAUGGCGGUCUUGCUCUCUCUGAUGAUCAGAAGCCGCUCUGAGGAUGGUCUUCUCUACUUGUAUGACUGGUGUUGCUGUGAACAAGUGAACCUGAAGUCUGAUGUCCUUCUGGAAAAUGUCAAGACUGUGAUGAAGCACAUUGAGACACUUGUAAGUGGAUCUACUGAGAAUGAAGACAACUCCCUCUCCAGACUGUUAACCAAAAAAAACAAGGUGGACAACAUCAUCGUGCUGUCUGACUCCUGGAUUAAUUCUCAAGUUCAGUGGGGCAUCAAUAACUACGUGAAGAACAUCAACAAUAAAGUCUUCAUCAUGAAAGUCUUCACAUCACAAUAUGCCAACGACAAAACGGACAAGAACUGUACGGUGGUGAAAAGUUUGAGUGAACAGCUGCUCAGGUUUGUGGCUGAGCGGGGAUCAUCCAGGCUUCUGGACCACGUGGAGCAUUUGGAUAAGAUAUACAACAUUCCACCACCAGAGGGAGGCAAAUGUCCUGAAACCACAAGCAGCAUUCUCUCACUUCCAGCCAGCCCUAAAUUAAGCUGGAGAGGUGUGCGCGUGUUCAUAUCCUCCACCUUCAGAGACAUGCACACUGAACGUGACGUUUUGGUCCGGAGUGUCUUCCCGGAGCUCCGGCGGCGUGCUAUGCAACACUGCAUCUACCUGCAGGAGGUGGACCUGCGCUGGGGUGUGAUUGAAGAGGAGUCCAACCGGGCCACCGAGCUGUGUCUGUCAGAGGUGUGUCGCAGCCAGAUGCUGAUCGGAAUCCUGGGAGAGCGGUACGGCCUCGUGCCGUCCAAACUGGACCUGCCUGACCUGCCACAGUACCACUGGGUGAAAUCGGCACCGGCAGACCUGUCCGUCACAGAGCUGGAGAUCCGACAGUUCCAGGCUCUGUACCCGGAUACAAUGCAGGAAAGGAUGUUCUUUUACUUCAGAGAUCCAAACUUUAUAGAGUCAGUUCCGGGUCCGUGGAGGUUGCACUUUUCCCCUGAGUCACAUGAAGCGGAGUCAAAAAUGGCAGAUUUGAAGCGCAGGAUCUUGGCCAGUAAUGCCAAGGUCACUCAAAA